AUGCUCUCCAUUGCAACACCUGUCUUCAUUCGUGAUUAUCGAGCGGGGUUCCCAGACUGGAUUGAAGCCACCGUAGUAGCGCCCAGAGGCAAUAUGUUGUUUGACGUCGACGUUAGUGAUGACAUCUGGGUUCGCCACCACAACCAGAUCCGACGGCGACACUGCAGUAACACAACUGGACUCGAGUCAGCGCCGUCACUCUCCCUUGACAUCCUACUGGAUACCUUCGCCAUUCCGGCAGAUCAGUCGGUUCCCGAACCCACAGCUGCGCCCCCUUCGGAUAUACCACCUUCGGUAUCAGUUACCGCUCCUGUAUCUCCAGGCAUUAAACCACGACUAAGACGCCGGACCAACCGCGUGCGCCGAUCAACACGGCUGAUGCAGGUCAACCCACGCCAGAAGCGGUAG